AUGCCUUUCCUGUUCCUUCGCCAUCCUAGGAAAACAAUUUGACGCACAGGGCUACUGGCUGGGCUGCCAAAGUAAAGAUGGCGGACUUGUCGGGGACCGAUCUGUCAGAGGAGAAAGACGCCGAAAUUGAGCUAAAGAAAAGACAGAAAAGACCGUGGGAUGAUUUGCACAUGUCCGGUAAACUCGGUAUAACCCCUGAACUGCCAGAAACGUUGGGAUUUUACGAUAUAAACUCUGUCAGGAGGGAGCAGCGGGAGCACCCAGCAGAUCCAUCGUUGACCCGCUUCAUUAGCGCAGAGCUCACCAGAGGCUACUUCCUGGAACACAAUGAGGCAAAGUACACCGAGCGCAGAGAGAGAGUUUACACAUUCCUGCGUAUUCCCAAGGAGCUUGAGAAGCUGAUGACCUUCGGCUUCUUCCUGUGUGUGGACGCGUUCCUGUACGUCUUCACUCUGCUGCCCCUCAGGGUGCUGCUGGCCGUGCUCCGCCUCCUCACCCUGCCAUGCUGUGGCUUCAGCGGGUCUCGGCUGCUGCAGCCAGCGCAGGUCUGUGACGUGCUGAAGGCUCUGAUCAUGGUGCUGUGCUUCUCCAUGAUGCAUUAUGUCGAUUACUCCAUGAUUUACCACCAGAUCAGAGGGCAGUCUGUCAUCAAACUCUACAUCAUCUACAACAUGUUGGAGGUGGCCGACCGCCUUUUCUCCUCUUUCGGUCAAGACAUCCUGGACGCUCUCUACUGGACGGCCACAGAACCCAAAGAACGGAAAAGAGACAGUAUAGGAGUCAUUCCUCACUUCUUCAUGGCUGUCUUUUACGUCUUCCUCCAUGCCAUCCUCAUCAUGGUCCAAGCCUCCACACUGAACGUCGCCUUCAACUCACAUAACAAGUCCCUGCUCACCAUCAUGAUGUCCAACAAUUUUGUGGAGAUCAAAGGAAGUGUGUUCAAGAAAUUUGAGAAGAACAACUUAUUCCAAAUGUCAAACAGUGAUAUAAAGGAACGGUUCACCAGCUACGUUCUCCUGCUCAUUGUUUGUCUAAGGAACAUGGAGCAGUUUGCAUGGAAACCAGACCACCUUUGGGUGUUGUUCCCUGAUGUCUUCAUGGUUGUCACCUCUGAAGUUGCUGUUGACAUCAUUAAACAUGCUUUCAUCACCAAAUUUAAUGACAUCACUGCAGAUGUCUACAGUGAAUACAGGGCCAGUUUGGCUUUCGAUCUUCUCAGUAGUCGACAGAAGAACGCUUGCACAGACUACAGUGACUCAGUGGCCCGGAGGAUGGGCUUCAUCCCUCUGCCUUUGGCUGUUCUGCUCAUCCGAGUGGUAAUGAGUUCGAUAAAGGUGCAGGGAGCUCUUUCAUACACGUGUGUGUUCCUCUUUUAUCUCGGGCUGGUUACACUUAAAGUGUUGAACAGUAUUGUGCUGCUGGGGAAGUCGUGUGUUUACGUCAAAAGGGCCAACAUGGAGGACAAACUGUUUGAGAGGCCAUCCACCGCUCCAUCCUCCUCUGGGAAAACCCCCAACAAAGCUGACCAGGCCAGUUGUCCAACACCUUCAGGUGAAUCUAAGAUGGAGCAGAACCCAGUCCCACCCUGCAGCCCACCACCAUGUUCCUCCUCCUCUUCCUCUGUGACCACCCAGCCAACUCCCAGGAGUGACUGGUUUCCUCCCCAGCCCGCUGAUCCGUCUCCUGCUGCUCUAGCUAGCCGCCCUCCAACUCCACCGCCCGAACCUGAACAGCCUGCACCUUCGCUCUCCAAAGAAGAGGAGUGCGAGGCACAAGGGGCCUCUGAACUGAAGCACAGGACUCCCAAAAAAGACCUGCUGGAGAUCGACCGUUUCACAAUCUGUGGUAACCGCAUCGACUGACCAGCGGCAGCCGCUGAUGUAGCGAUUAACCACUCAGGAAAGACGGAGAGCAAACGGCCUUUCAGCCCAGCUCUCCUGGCCAACAGCAGCAGAAAGCUGAGUAUUUAUUAAAAGUCAGUGGCAAUACAGUAAGUUAUCGUGAACAUAGACGAUCCUGCUGUUGUUGAAGCCUGAAGUCGAGAAGUUUGGGAAAGAAAACUUCAGCUGGCUGAUAAACAGCGGAAGAGAGAAAAUGUGAGUGUGGCAGCUCAGUGGUGUGAACUGUCGUGUGUGUGUGUGUGUGUGUGUGUGUGUGUGUGUGUGUG